AGAGGAGCUGAGCGGAGCAGCAUCACUUAUCAUCAUCAUCAUCAUCACCAUCAUCAUCAUCAGCUUCCAACGGUGUCCUGCAUCAUUUCAAUCACAGAAACGGACAUAAACGGUGUGAGCUUUUCAACACGUGUCUCUCUGUGGAAUGUGGAGUGGUGCCAUGCAGUUUCUCGCGCUGUUCACCGCACUGAAAGCAGCCUGCGUGCUGCUGCUCUCCUCCCGCAUCUCCAGUUCAGCGGCGGCCAACAGCAGCGGCCGGUGGUGGGGGAUUGUGAAUGUAGCAUCAUCCACCAACCUCCUCACCAAUAGCAAGAAUGUACAAUUAGCCCUGGACCCUAGCCUUGCUUUACUAAGCCGUCGGCAGAGGAGGCUGAUUCGGCAAAACCCCGGCAUCCUCCAUGCCAUCGCUGCCGGUCUUCACUCGGCCAUCAAGGAGUGUAAGUGGCAGUUCCGCAACCGCCGUUGGAACUGUCCGACAUCCCAUAGCCCUACGGUGUUCGGCAAAAUCAUCAACAGAGGCUGCCGAGAGACGGCUUUUGUGUUUGCCAUCACAAGUGCCGGCAUUACCCAUGCGGUGGCACGGUCCUGUUCUGAAGGCUCUAUUGAGUCAUGCACCUGUGACUACCGGAGACGAGGGCCUGGAGGUCCAGAUUGGCACUGGGGAGGUUGUAGCGACAACGUCGACUUUGGCAGGAUGUUUACACGAGAGUUUGUGGACUCCAGUGAGAGGGGCCGAGACCUGCGAUACCUCAUUAACGUACACAAUAAUGAGGCAGGGAGAAUUACCGUUUCUUCAGAGAUGCGUCAGGAGUGUAAGUGUCAUGGGAUGUCGGGCUCCUGCACUAUUCGCACCUGCUGGAUGCGUCUGCCCAGCUUCAGGACGGUUGGAGACUUAUUAAAAGACCGUUUUGAUGGUGCUUCCAGAGUGGUGUAUGCCAAUAAAGGCAGCAACCGAGCGUCUCAUCGAGCCGACCCUCGCCACCUGCAGCCCGAGAACCCUGCUCACAAACUCCCUUCUGUAAAAGACCUCGUCUACUUUGAAAAAUCACCCAACUUCUGCUCCUACAACAGCAAAACGGGUACGCUCGGCACAUCUGGGCGCACCUGCAACAGUUCUUCACCAGCGUUGGAUGGAUGCGAGUUGCUGUGCUGCGGGAGAGGGUAUAAGACCCGGAUUGAGAAGGUCACUGAGAGAUGUCACUGCACUUUCCACUGGUGCUGCCACGUGAGCUGCCUCAACUGCACCAGUACGCAGACACUGCACCAGUGUCUAUAACGGCUGUGGCAGCUGGCAUUGUCCCUGAGAUCAUCAAUUGGGCUUGGAAGUGGUCAGUGAUGGACCAGGUGACAGAAAAUAGAGAAACUGGCAGAGAUUUUGUUUUAACGUGGAUCGAAACAAAAAGCAACUGACCUGACUAUGGCGAGACAUAUGAUAAUCAGCCAUUUCCUUGAUAUUAUUUUUCUACGUCAAACCGAGCUGUCAUUAAAAAUUGUACUGUGAGAGACAUCCUAAAAAGCUGUGCAUUUCUAAAGUGCUUGGGCACAAACCCUAUGUUUAAGCGUUUACUCUAAACAUUAUAAUAGUAGAUUUAGAGCGAGUGCAUCAGAUGAAUGAGAUGCGAUGGAGACUACUAUGCACUGCUAUCCACUAUGGCACACAGAGAAACUAGGCAGUUACUGAGAAGGAUACAGUCCAAAAAUACGUAUGGAUUUGGAGGCCAGAACCACCAGUCUCUGGGUUCUGCCAUCUCCUCCCUCUCUUUGCGCUAUGAUUCUCCAAGGAGCAAGAAACUGGAAAGCAGGAACUGGACACAAACUCUGACAGAUGUUUCUGUGGCCAGGGAACCACAAGCAUGUUCUCUCAUAAA